CGGGGCGGUGCGCGCGGAGGCGGGGCCGGGCAUCGGGUUUCGCUCCCGCUCUGGGCGCUUGGGGUUCACGCUGCCCUAGUUGCUCCGGCCCGGGUGGGUUUCCCGGGGCGCGGCCGGCAGGCUCAGCCUUCCCGCGCGCCGCGUCCUCUCACUCGGAGGCAGGAAGAAGGAGGACACGGCAGUAGCCUCGACGUAGACGCCCGCGCUGGGAAACGCCUUAUAAAGCCGCGGCGCGCUGCCUCUCUUCGGGAGGGAGGGUUUGCGGAGACGCCGGACGGACAGACGCCCGCUGCGGACAGACCUUGGACGGACCCAACCCGGGAUCCACCCCAGUCUGCUCGCGGAUCAGACCUCGCACAAGCCCGAGUUUCUGGAGAUCUCUGGUGGUCAUAGGCGGUCCCCCAGCGGAUCCCAGACCGACCGCGACUCCUCACAGAGUCCAGACGAGCCAAGUGGAGGAUACACCCAGCUCCCUGGCCGACCGCGGGCCGCCCGGGGCUCCGCAGACGCCGGGCGGGCGGGGGCCGCGGGCGCCCGGGUGGCGGGGGCAUGCGCGGCCCGCGGCAUGGCCUCGGCGGUGUUUGAGGGCACGUCGCUGGUGAACAUGUUCGUGCGCGGCUGCUGGGUGAACGGCAUCCGCAGGCUCAUCGUCAGCCGGCGCGGCGACGAGGAGGAGUUCUUCGAGAUCCGCACGGAGUGGUCGGACCGCAGCGUGCUCUACCUGCACCGCAGCCUCGCCGACCUGGGCCGCCUGUGGCGGCGCCUCCGAGACGCCUUCCCCGAGGACCGGCCAGAGCUGGCGCGGGCGCCGCUGCGGCAAGGACUGAUGGCCAUCAAGGAUGCCCAUGACAUUGAGACCAGGCUGAAUGAGGUGGAGAAGCUGCUCAAGACCAUCAUAGGCAUGCCGUGUAAGUUUUCCAGGUCAGAAGUUGUGCUCACCUUCUUUGAAAGGUCUCCUCUGGAUCAAGUGUUAAGAAAUGACAAUGUACACAAAAUCCAACCCAGUUUCCAAAGCCCUGUGAAAAUUUCAGAAAUCAUGAGGUCCAAUGGAUUUUGUUUAGCAAAUACAGAAACAAUUGUUAUUGACCACAGUAUACCAAACGGAAAAGACCAACACCUGGGUGUGGACCCAACAGAGCACUUAUUUGAAAAUGGAGCCGAGUUCACCUCAGAGCUGGAGGAUGGCGAGGACCCAGCUGCUUAUGUUACCAACCUGUCCUAUUACCACCUGGUGCCCUUUGAGACUGAUAUUUUGGACUGAGACUCAAUUAGACCCUCACUGCCCUAGCCCUUGAUCGAUAGUUCUGCUGUGGGCUGAAGCCAUUGCUCCAGGCAUGGGUCAAGUGUGAACACAAUGACCUUCGUGACUGCUCAUGGGCCCCACCAUCCACCCACACACCAUGAGGCCUUGAUAUCCUGAGUGGAGCAAUGGAGACUCCUGUGAUGAGGGCUACCUCCUCAUCCCCAGGUCUCCAGCAACCAGGAGUCAGGUCCCAGAAGGCCCACACAGUCUGCUUUUUUUGUGGGGGACUUUGCUUUCCAUCCUUCACCACCAGCCUGUUUCUUUAUUCCUGGAACUUGUUCCCCAUGCUCAAGUGCCUGUAGAACUCCUCUGGGACUGGCCUGGUACCUUUCCCUGCUGUUACUGCUUCCUGGAGCAAAGCAGUCCUGGCCACCCCUCACUCCCCAUCAUUCCCUCACAUGACAAGCACAGGAAACAUUUCAUGUGAGAUUGGGAUGAGUCACCAAAUUCUGGGGAAUAUUAAAUGAUCCAAGAAGUUCCUGAAAAUGGACAAGUGGCUUGCAUUUCUGUAUUACCUCUUUACUCUGGAAACUGGACUGUGUCAGACAAAGGGAGUGUUUACAGAAGGGUAACUGUGACAGUGGACUAUGUCUGCAGGAAAAGGAGAGAUCCUGUGAGCUUUGACUGGAGUCAGCGAUGCUCCUUAACAGGAAGUCAAUCCUCACUGGGUCUGCCCACUUGCUUAAGAACAGUCUUGGGACCAUCUCUGUGCUGAAGGUUCCCCUCUGUGCUGCGUCUAAGCUCUCUGUGAGGUCACUGCUGUGUUAACCUGCAAGGAAGUGAACCACAGGCGAGCUGAAUCUCCUUUUCCCGGUUCUGGGUUCUGUGUGUAUCUCUUCACUGUGUCUACUAAUGACCAUCAUUUGCUAAUGUAAAUUAUAGUAAAUUAUUGAGAAUCCUAAUUCUUUUACACAGCCUAAUUUUUAAUCUAUUUUAAUGAAAUAAAAAAUGAGUUACA